AUGAAGGGCAUUGGAAUUGCAUUGUUCCUGUCAUGGCUCUUAUCUUUGGCUAUAUGUGACACUGAAGUGGCAGAGAGCUCGGCCUUAGAGAUCGAUCAGGAUAUUGUUCUUCCAAAUGAUGAUGAUGCUCCCUCGAGUACUGUCGUUGACAGCUGCGUGUUAGAUGUGCCAUAUGACGCUUAUAGUGGGUCUACUGUGGUUGAUGACCAGUCAUCGGUUAAGAAUGUGGAUGAGAACACUAAUGUGGAGAUAUCUCCCUCGAUUGACGUGAAAGAAGAAAUAUCAUACCCCUACGAGGAGAAGCUCAUGAUCAAACCACUUCCAAACAAUUACCUGCUUACUUCAUUCUCUUUUCGAAUGGAUUCUGAAGAGUUUAUGCCGGGAAAGUCUGCCUUGGACUAUGAUGGAUAUGGUCACUACACAGUAUUUCCAAUGGCUUUCAAACCUAUGAUGGACCGCACGGCUACGAGACAAUUGCACUUAAGAUUUACUAGAGGGUUUUGGGAUUCUGAGUCCUGGGGUCGCCUUCCACAUGAUGGUUUCAAGUCUGGUGGAUCUGGUGUUGAGCUCUGGGCUAUCAUUGAAGCUGAAUCUGACGAUCAGGCUUAUAAGCAGUGGAAAAUACUUGCCAACUCUUUAAGUGGAUUGUUUUGUGCAUCGAUCAACUUCAUCGACACUUCCAAGACAACGUACCCAGUCAAAUCUUUCCAACCCGACGGGCAAUUGCCAUUAUUCGAUGAUACCAAGAAAUUGUUUUUGGUACGAGCAGCGUUGGCCAAUGAACCUGUCUGCACGGAAAAUUUGACACCUUUUGUUAAACUAUUUCCAACGAAGGGUAGAUCUGGGAUUUCUACUCUUCUCGAUGGCCACAAGGUGUUCGAUUCCUCCUGGCAUAGCUUGUCAAUUGACAUUACCACAGAGUGCAGCGCCUCUGGUGAAACUUGUAAAUACCAGAUGGAGGCCCUAGUUGAUGUGGUUAUGAACGUUCCAAAUGUCUUGGCCAGAAAUGAGAGACCAAUCCCCAAACCAGUCGCUGGUGAUAAACUUCGUUGUGACCUUUCCAAACCAUUCGAUGCAUUUCAGUGCUUUCCACUCCCUGAGGAAACUAAGGUAUCGUACAGUUUGUCCAAAAUUUACGGUAAGCAGAUCCUUGGAUCUAACGAGAUUUCAAAUCAUCCUUCUCAUGUCUGUGUCGAUGCUACGGAUGACUGGACCGCAUACAUCAAAAUCGAUGACACUUACUUCUCAACCGACGAUAACUGUUUCGAACUCAAAAGCAGUCUAAAUCAUGAUGUUUAUCUGGAAUCAGAGAAUACCUCAAGCGUGAUAAGAUAUGAAAGUGCGCCACUCUACGUGAGUAGAUCACUAACGGGUUAUGGUCAGGAUCGCGGUGGUUUGCGUACAGUCUUCAAAAAUCCCCACUCCAACCCUGUGAAAGCUGUUUAUUUCGAAUCCUUGCCAUGGUUCAUGAGGGUUUAUCUAUCCACAUUGAAGCUGGAGCCAGGCGAGAAUUGUGAUGGUGAUGGUGGUAUUUCGUUAGAACGAGUUAUGAAUUCAACUUACUACCUACCGGCGGUUGAUCGUGCUCGUCCAACACAUUUGGAGUAUGUCAUCACCGUACCUGCUAACACCUCAUUUGCAAUUUCAUAUCAGUUUGAUAAAUCGUUACUUCAAUACGCUGAAUAUCCACCAGACGCUAACCACGGCUUUGAGAUUGAAUCCGCCGUUAUCACCAUUAUAGAGCCAUCGGAAUAUCAAAUGAGAACAGCUACUUUACUGUUACUUUUAUCCACUCCCGAUUUCAGUAUGCCUUACAACGUCAUUAUCCUAACUUCGACCGUCAUAGGGCUCAUUUUUGGCACCCUCUUUAACUUGAUAAUGAAGAGAGUGGUAUCCAUGCAACUGGCAGACCGAGUGCAAGCCACUUCGGGGAUCAAAUACAAGAUCAAGAUGCUAAAACAAAAGUUACUCUCCAAGGUCAAACGUUUGACAGGAUGA